AUGAGUCGACAACAGCCAAACAGCAUCCCGAUUGCUGCUAACGUGUCUUCCUCCCGACAAGAAAACACCGCUGCUACCACCAGAAGUUCUCGAAAAGGAUUUUGUGGUUCAUUUGGUGAUUGCAUGACGAAACCGACCAUUGCUGCUCCACCACCUCGUCAGUCUAGCUCCAGACUCGAGCUUCAGGUGGAAGAGCUACAGAAAGAAGUGAAGAAAGAGAAAGAAAUGAGGUGUAUGUACAAGAUGAGGUUGGAAAGAACACAAGAUUACCUAAAAUACUGUCUACAGGUAGCACAGGACAAUGGAUUCUUGAAAUUUAUUCUUAACAAAAACGAUAGCCCUCAACAACCAUCUCUUGGUCCCUCAUCUGCCAUCGUUCAAGCUUCUAUAAAUCCUCAACCCCCACCAACCGUCCAACACAACACCAAUCUUUCGGCCAUCAUCGAGCAAGCCAAGCUUAAUGGAUGGUACAUACAUCCACACGAGAUUGAACUGCACAAGAAAGUAGCUCAAGGAAGCACGGCAGAAAUAUACAAAGCAACAUGGAGAGGCCUGGAUGUUGCAGUGAAGUGCAUAUUUCCAGAUUUCUUCAGAUUAAAUGAUUGUGGAGUCAGCUUUUUUGCUCAGGAGGUGGAAACACUAUCAAGACAGCGCCACACCUACGUACUACAGCUAAUGGGUGCAUGUCUUGACCCACCCAACCAUGGGUGGGUUGUUACUGAAUUCCUAAAUAUGACUUUGAAAGACUGGCUACAUGGUCCUGGUAAGAGGAGGAAAGAACGGGUCACUCCACUUCCUCCUUUUGAGAAGAGAUUAGCCAAGGCAUUAGAGGUGGCUCAAGGGAUGCAAUAUCUACAUGAGCACAAGCCUAUGAUCAUACAUAGGGACUUAAAACCUAGUAACAUAUUUUUGGACGAUGCUUUUCAUGUAAGAGUUGCAGAUUUUGGCCAUGCCCGGUUCUUAACAGAUGAAGAAAAAGCCUUUACAGGCGAAACAGGCACAUUCGUAUACAUGGCUCCAGAGGUGAUCCGAAGUGAGCCAUACGAUGAAAAAUGUGAUGUUUACAGUUUUGGCAUCAUACUUAACGAGCUUCUAACAGGCCAAUACCCAUAUAUUGAGACAGACUACGGUCCCUCCAAGAUUGCAUUACAAGUUGGGGAGGGCAAGAUAAGACCAGCACUCCCAGAGCAUGAUGACAAGAUUGAAGAUCUCAUUGAACUGACUCAACUGGCAUGGGAUGAAGACCCCGAAUACAGACCAUCUUUUGCAACGAUUACCCGUGGCCUGAAAAUGAUUUACAAUAGAAUUAUGAAUGCUCCAUAG